AUUCACGGCGGCGUGAGGCCAUUACCAUGGUAACGGAAGCGGUGGUCACCUGACCAGCCGCCAUGUUUAACAUCAAAUUAUUGCUGCUCGGACCGCGAGAGAGUGGAAAAACUGUUCUGGCCAAUUUUCUGUCAGAUGCAACUGAAGCCAUUGGUGGUGAUUACAGUCCAACACAAGGUGUCAGGAUUCUAGAGUAUGAAUGUCCAAAUGUGAUUGCCAAUGGGAAAAAUAUUGGUUGUGAAGUGGAACUCUGGGACUGCUCUGGUGAUCAGAAAUUUGAGACUUGCUGGCCAGCUUUAGUGAAGGAUUCCAAUGGAGUUGUCAUUGUGUUUAAUGUUGAUGUACCCAGCCACCUGAAGGAAAUCGAGAUGUUCUAUUCUUCCUUUGUGCAGCAGCCACGGUUGCAUGAUUCUCAAUGUCUUCUAGUUGCUCACCAUAAACCCAACUCAGCAGCUGGCAAAGGGCGGCCUAAUCUUGCCCAGCACCUGAACAAAUUGACUUUGAUCCAUUCAAACCUAGAGGAUGAUCCAGAACAAGUGCGCACAGCUUUUCGGCAGUUCUUGGGGGCAGUCGUCAGUUCUCUAUCCGAGAGCAGAGACAAAGAAGAGAUGUCAAUCAUCACCUAAGAACACCACUAAAUCCUAAAGGAUUUCAAAUUUUUUGUUUGCUGUAAUCACAAUCAGACUCCUAAAUCAUAUUCACUGCAGUUUUUUAGUCACUCAGCCUUUAUUCCAUUCAAAAUAAUUUGAAUUCUGCUUCCUAUUACAGGUGGACUUUUCAUCAGAUCAGUAUUCAACUUGUUUGCACACCAAUCCUAAAAGACAGAAAAGUGCUUGUAAAAGUAUACACAAAUUAGGAAAUAUUUUUGGUGAAAACCAGUCAGCAACAAAUUGGUGAUUUGCAUAUUAUCCAUAAUAUUGAUUCCACACAAUGAUAUUAUUGGAUUUAUUUAGGUUGAAGUUUCUACAGGUUGGUGUUUAAACAAUACAUUAUUGAGCAGUGCCAUACUUUUUACAGAAUACACUGGUCAGUGGCAGCAUGCCAUCAUUGUUUCUGCGAGUUGCAGGUGAUGCUUACCAAAGCAAUAUCUCUCUGGCUGUUAAGUAUUUAUAAUAUCAACUUUGCAAUGUAAGACGAAUUGGCAAUUAGUUAGGCACAUUCAGAUACCCAAACUAAACAUUAUCUUUGUGUAUAACUCUGAAUAAGCAAUGCAAAUUCUAAAUUCCCUGUACCUUAAUUGAUGUAUUAAAAUAUAUAUUUUGUAAAAAAAAUUGUCUGAUUUCUCCUGUGUAAUAAACAUGAAGAUUUAAACAUGAGUCUGGUUCCUUAAUUAGUUAAUGAAAUAAUAAAACUGACUCUUAAAUGUGAUUCAUUUAUUCCAUGUAUUUGCCAUUGAUAUGGCAUACCUAGCAUUGGCAAUUGAAGGAUGGUGAGUGAAUUAAUUUUUUGAUUGUUAUAAAUAAAUGCCCAUUUUCACUG